AUGAACGAUUCAAAGAGUUUGUUCUAAAAAUUAGAAGGAACAUUGAUACAAAAAUUAUAUGUAAAAGAAUUAUUAAAAGAAUAAAUUACAAUCUAUGUCUAAAAAACUAAGCAAUUUGUAUAAAGAGAUAUUUUUAUAUCUUUCAAUGCUCUAAUUAUGGAGAAUUAAUUUAUAGAGUUGAGCAAAUGUCAAUUUGAAGUAAGAGUUAACAAAACCAAAAACAAUGAAGGAAUCAAUAUCAUAAUUAUUAAGAGUACUGCUGGUAAAGAAUUUUUAAUCACUUCAAAUUCUCAAUAGUGUUUAAGAAUAAAGAUCUAUAUGAAAAAAUUUUGUAUUAACAAAAAUUACUGUGGAAAGUAUCGAUAUAUAGAACAAAAAAACUGUCUCCCUCUUUCCCAAUCAUAUAAAGUAAUAAAUAUAUAUACAUAAAUUUAGAAAAAUAAUCAAUAUUUUUGCACAAUAAAAUUUGAAAAGAAAUAACUAGAAGAUAAUUAAGAACUUUAAAUGUUCCACAAUAGAAUAACAAUAAUGCAUGCUUUUCAAUUGAUGCCAAAUGUAAUAAGGAUUUGUGAAGAUGCUUAAAGGUAUUAUAUACUUGGAGAAAACAUGAAACUAUAAUCUUUAGAAUCACUAUUAUUAAAUGGAUUUGAAUUUAAAGAAGUUCCAUUUGUAUCAAUAAUUUUCAUGAUUCUGUAAACGAUACAAAAAUAUCAAGCUAAAAUGAUUUAUCACGGAAACAUUAAUCUUUAAAAUAUCUAUGUAAAUGUGAAUAGUUAAACUCUUCAAAUAACUGCACUAAAUCCAAAAUAUAAGGAGGAUAAUGUCUAAAAUAUAGAGAACGAUAUUUAUAGUGUUGGAAGACUACUCUAUUAAAUCACAUUUUAUAAUUAAAGAGCAGAGAUUCCAUCAGAAAUAAAUUUAAAGUAAGUAUAAACUUUAAUGGAUUAAUGGUCAGAGCCUAAUUCGAAAAGAACUUAAUAUAGAUUUCUAUAUAGAGUUAGUUAACUAAAUUUAUUAAAUCAAUUACUUUCUCCUGGAAUGACAGUAGAGAAAGCUUUGAUUCAUUAAUGGUUUGUGAACAUUAGAUAAAAUCUAAAAAUUGAAUCUAAAUAACCAAUGUCUAAAGCUUUUCUUACAACAAUAAUGGAAGAAUAAGAAUUCCAUUUGACAUCUUCAUAAAUUCUUGAUCGUCAUAUUACAAUAACUCAAUAAAGUGUUUAAGAAAAUGGUAUUUAAAAAUCGAUUAUUAUUAUAUAUAGAACCUGAAGAAGAAUUGUAUCCAAUUCGAUGUUAAUAGAUUAACACAAUUUAAAUGAUUCCAUCUAAAAAAAAGCAUGAUGAUGCUAAAAUAUAUUUGUAUAGAUCAAAAACAUUUACAAAUUCUACUGCAAAGAGAGACUCAUUGAUAGAAAUAAUGAAAUAAUCAACAGUAAAAUGA